AUGGAGGUGUUCUCAGCUCCAUUCAUUGUGCGCAAACAAACCGGCAGAGGCAGGCCGAGGAAGCAGGCAAACAUCGGUGUGACACUCUCCGAAGCAAUAAAGCUACCGUAUGUUAUCAAGCCUGAGAAGAAUAACGCCGUGGAGGCGUCCAUACAGCAGUAUAGCCAUUUCCGGAUCCCUGCAGACAGUCACAGAUAUCAGCAGCAACAGCAGAUUAAUCAGAUUCAUCGAGCUCUCCUCGCUUCGGCAGAGGCUGGAAGAGAUCGUCGAAUCUUUCAGGAGGCAGCGUUAGCUAGCGAAGAGUUGGCAUCUAUUCAAGGCUUGGCAUCUAACGGGGAAUAUGCCAGACUUCGAACAGCUGAAAGAGCAGCCGUUGCUUCUGAACAGGAGCGGAAUAGGCUUUUCAAACAAGAACUGCGCAAGUACUUAGACCCUCGGAUAGACGAAGACGCGCUAUUUGCUACGCCACUGCCAUUUACUGAGAUUACAAAUGUCAGCAUAGCUCUUUGCAAUGAGCUCUUCUGUGUGUCUAAUUAG